AUGAAAGAGGAAGAUUUUUAAUUGUUAUUAAUUUCUUUGUAUCUGUUGGUAAAAUUUAUGCAUUUUAUUGGCAUUUUAUAUCUUGAGAAUUUCAAUUAAGAAAAUUGGAGAUUAAUGAUGUGUUUAAGUUCAACAACUUUAUUGAUAGUUGGAAUUUUAGCAUGGAUUCAUUUAAUGGAGAGUCCUUGAUAUUUAAUGGGUAAUUGUUAAGUAGUAGAGGGUUUAAAUAUUAUUGAAGAAAUAAUUCAUAAAAAUUAAAAUAAUACAGGAAUAAUAAGUAAGUUAUUUAAGACUGUAUAACCAGAAGUAUCAUCAGAUCUAUUUAAAGGAUCAAAGUAAGAUUAUAAAUUAUUCUAUUAAGAUAUGGAUAUAUUUCAGCUUAAGAGAGAAUAGCAAUAGAAAAAUGGGUAACUAAUGUUUUUCAUUUUCAAAAAAUGGAACACUGAUAGAAUUAUUUAAUAAAAAUAAUAAAAGUACAACGAUUAGAUUAUGAAUGAUAUGGUUUUGUAUUAAUUUUGUAAUUUAUUUUUAUAAAAUAUAUUAGAUGUAUUAUGGAUAAUUACUAAUUCUACCAUUUAUUUUAGGAUCUAAAUAAAAGACAUUUGUUGACUAUCUAGCUACUGUUUUAGGUGAAAUUCCAUCAAUCAUCCUAUCAUUGUUAAUAGUAGAAAUACCUUUUCUAGGGAGAAAGAACACAAUAGCUAUCUCAUUUUUUUGUGCAACCAUAAUGCAUGUCUGGUCUUAUUAUUCUUCUUGGUCAUAUUUUUUUUUUUUGCUCGUUUCUUUAUGAAAGAAUGUUGGGCUAUGCUUUAUCCUUUUUCUACUGAAAUAUUUCAUACAUCUAAUAGAACUUUGGGAUUUGGUAGUAGUGCUGCAGUUGGAAGGAUGUGUGCUGCCAUUUCUCCUUAUAUUUUAAUACCAUUAUUUGAGUAAGAAGUUCAUUUACCCUUUUUGGCAUUUGCUAUAAGUUCUGUUAUUUCUACAUUAUCUUCAUUCACAUUACCUUAUGAUACAGUUGGUAAAUCAUUAGAUUUUAGAAGUAAAUACAAUUUAAUUGAUAGAGUUCUGAUGGAGUAGUUGAGAGUAAUAAAGAGGAUGAAAUUAAAGAAAUUAUGAUGGUUUUAAUUGAAAAAAAAAUUAGAACUGAAAUAAAAUUUAUAUUUAUUUAUUAUUAAAUGGAUCCUAAUGCUUAAAUCAAUGAGAGAUACACAAAAUUAUAAGAAAAAUUGGGAGCUCUUCAAUUUGAAGUUGAUAACACAAAGGAUGCAAAAAUUGAUGAAAUUUAUGAUAGAAUCAAUAAAGCAUAGAGUGAAUUGAAGGAUAUUAUCAAUAAUUACAGUGAAUAACUUGUACUUAAUUAUGUGAAGAAUAGGGAUAAUUGUCAGGUUAAUUCUAAGAUCUUACAAAAUAAUUUGAAAAACGUUUAAGAAUUACUUUAAUAAAUAGGAUAAGAAAUUAAAGUGAGAAAUUAAUAAGUAAAUAUUAUUAAUACAACUUUACAAAAUGAUUUACCUUAAUUAUGGUAAUAUAAUGUUUAAGAAAAUUAAGAAAGAGUUUAAGAAGAUUAAUAUAUAGUAAAAAAAGCAAGUUAAGAAAUUUCCAAAUUAUUUGAAUAAGCUAAUCAAGGUAAAUAAUAAAGGUAAUUCCAAUUUAUAUUUUAUUAAAAGAGAAGAUGCAGAAGUUGGUAUAUUUACUAUGCUCAAAGAAGUUGUAAUCAGAGUAAAAAGUGAAUUAGAAGAAGAAAGAUAAUUAAGAAUGGAUGGACAUGAAGCAUUAUUAUCAAUUUUAGAAGAAGCUUAUGAAAAAAUGGAGGAGACACAUGCAAAAGUACAAUAAUAAAAGGCUGCCCUUUAAGAAUCAAAAUGA